GCACUAUUGUGGGCUCACCUAGAGGCAAGAUAUAGAUAUGCAUCUUGAACUGAGCUGUCCAUUGGUUAUCUUUUUCACCAUUUACAUGCUUAUGUGGCUGCCACUAUGAAUAGCAAGAAUGCAUUAUUGUUGGAGACGAAGCUUCUCCAAAUCUGGAUAAAGGUUGAAGAAGGCGUGCAAAAUGGUUAGAUACAGAAUUAGGGAUUUAUUAUUUCAGCUUGUACACGUGGCAUGAUCCAGUCCAUCAAUCUCCACCUAAGUUCUCUCAUCUCACCCGUUAGGUUUAGAACAUUAAUUGACAACUGUAGGUCACUAGUUAUGUAUUCUUAUUCUUUCAUUUACACGUGUACAAAAAUAGUUAGUGGUUAGGUAGUUAGUAGAGGACACAAGUGACUAUUAUAUAUAAUUGUAUAGUACAUUUUGGAGAUCAGAUUGGGAAUACAAUUUUUAGCAUUUUGCAGAAAUUCUCUCUCUAGAAUUGCAACAUGCUAUCAGAGCUUGGGGGUGAUCCAGCUCAAAUUUCGAUUCCAAAUCUCAUCUGGUUUAUCUCUGAUUUUUUGAUCUCAAUACAACAGUGAAAUCAUUACUAAAUUUUUGAUUUCAUGCAGGUUUGAUUCUGAAAUUUUUCUUCACAAUUUCCUUUGAGAUUUCUAGGUUUUGUUUCCUUCAUUUUCUGUUGAUUUACCACUGAAAUGGCAGUACCAGCAAAAAUUAAUCCUGAUCAUCAUCAUUAUCUUCAUGCCUCUGAUUUGCCUGGGCUAGCUUUGGUCUCACCUCCAUUUGAUGGAUCUGGAUAUGGUGUUUGGAGGAAAUAUAUUUUGAUUGCAUUAUCAGCCAAAAACAAACUCUGUUUUAUUGAUGGAAGCUUGAGCAGGCCAAAGGAUGAUUCACCUGACUCGAAGUAUUGGAUCCGAUGUGAUUAUAUGGUAUUUCCUUGUGUCCUAAAUGCCUUGACCAGCGAGAUCAGACCUAGUGUAAUUCAUUCAAAAUCAUUUAGAAUUCUGUGGACACAAUUGGAGGAGAGGUAUGGACAAUCGAAUUUAGCUCAAUCUUUUGAAUUACAAAAACAACUCUUAGAAGUAGUUCAAGGCUCAAACAUAUUUGCUAAUUACUUCAACAAAAUCAAGGCUAUAUGGGAUGAGAUAGAGUUACUUGAUGCUAGAACUGUGUGUGUUUGUGUGUAUUGUAAGUGUGGUGUACUUGAAAAGAAUUAUGCCCUUGAAGAAAGGUAAAAAUUAGUGCAUUUCUUAAUGGGACUAAAUCAGACAUACACUGGGGUAAGAGGUAAUAUCAUGAUGAUGCAACCUUCACCUACAGUUGACAGAGCCUAUUACUUAUUGCUUCAAGAGGAGAGACAAAGAGAAAUUCAAUCUAUAGGACACUAUCCUAGUGACUCCAGCUCUUUUGUUGCCACACCACAGAAAUUCAAUCAAUCAUAUGGAAACUUUAACACGUUUGGUGGACAGUCUGGGAGUUCCUGUGGUGCGAAUAAUUCCCAAGCUGGGAAUUCUUUUGGUGGAUAUGGCUAUAGGAAUAACCAGGAACACAGGAAAGGGCUAUUCUGUAACUACUAUAAAAAAGUCAGGUCACAUUAUUGAGAAAUGUUUUAAAAUUCAUGCCUAUCCUCAACAACAAAAUUUCAGAAACUAUAACAGACAAGGAAGGACACAAAAUUUUGUUCAAGGACAUUCUGUGUUCUCAGAUGAACGUGUAGGACAAUUUCAUAAAAAUGAGACAUAAGCCACAAUUGGUAUUAAACAAGAACAACUUACACAAUUGAUGAAACUAUUUCAACAGGUUAAAAUUGGGCAACAGACAGUAGCAAAUUUGGAGGUCAAUGCAAAUGUCAACUGUGCUGUCCAGCAUCUGAGUCAGUUCAUGUAUACCCCUCGUGUUCCUCAUCUGGCUACUGCUGACACUGCCUUCGCUAUCUUCUUCGUGACCCUGAUUUGGGGCUUUUUAUGUCUGAUUCUCCCUCGUUUGAACUUAUUGCUUUCUGUGAUUCUGACUGGGGUUCUUGCCUUGAUUCUCGGCGUUCCAUUAGUGGUUUCUUCAUCAGUCUUGGUGGCUACCCAAUCUCGUGGAAAUCAAAGAAACAACCCUCUGUUUAUUUGUCUUCCGCGGAGGCUGAGUAUCGAUCUAUGCGUCGUGUCGUUGCUGAGCUUACUUGGCUUGUUCGUUUACUCGACGAUCUAUCCAUUCUGCCCCAAUUGCCAGUUGCUCUCCACUCUGAUAGUCAGGCGGCAAUCCACAUCGCCAAAAACCCUGUCUUUCACGAGCACACCAAACAUGUUGAGCUUGAUUGUCAUUUCGUGUGCUAGAAGUUCCAGGCCGGCCUUAUCUCGUUGUCCUUUGUACCAUCUCACUCACAGUUAGCUGAUUUUUUCACUAAGCCCCUUUCUGGGCCUCUUCAUUGGGAUUUACUUGGCAAGUUUGGAGUUCUUUCUCCCCCUCCCAACUUGAGGGGGGUGUUGGAGACGAAGCUUCUCCAAAUCUGCAUAAGGGUUGAAGAAGGUGUGCAAAAUGGUUAGAUACAGAGUUAGGGAUUUCUUAUUUCAGCUUGUACACGUGGCAUGAUCUAGUCCAUCAAUCUCCACUUAAGUUCUCUCAUCUCACCCGUUAGUUUUAGCACAUUAAUUGAUGGCUGUAGAUCACUAGUUAUGUAUUCUUAUUCUUUCAUUUAUACAUGUGUACAAAAUUAGUUAGUGGUUAGGUAGUUAGUGGAGGACACACAUGACUAUUAUACAUAGUUGUAUAGUACAUUUUGGAGAUCAGAUUAGGAAUACAAUUUUCACCAUUUUUCAGAAACUCACUCUCUAGAAUUUCAACAAUUAUUAACAUAUUAUAUGGGUUAUCUUAAUUUUCAUGAUUGUUGAAUAGAUAAUUUCGUGCUGCAUUUUAAUAUAAGCAUUUUAUUUUCCUACUCUGUUUGCCUCAUAACAGUAAGAAAGGCAAGUAUUGCACUUUGCUAUUAAUCAUGUUUCAAUGUUAUUCUACUUUGUUUGCCUCGUAAAAGUAAAGAGAAUUCAAGUGAAAUAAUUCUAGGUAUGAUAAGUAGUUGACUCCCUCAAAGAACUCUCAUGUGCUAAAAAAUUGCAGACUAUGAUUUUAUCUUCCCAAUUGUGCGCUUUAACUUGAUUAAACGAAAAAUUUACCUUAAAUACUAAGGUAAAUUUUAAUUCUGGAGCAUUUGGACAAGGUAUAUUUCCCUCGGUAUUAAUUAUGUGAAACAUGAAACAAAGCUCUCUAAACUAUUAAAGAAACCAUAUCUUAUUUUUGGGACUACAAUCUGUUAUUUAAGAUUUUCUUUCACUUUAAAUGUCAAGAACUUUAUCUUAGCCUCUUUCUUCUAAAGUUAUGAAAUUUCCCAAUGUUAAUUUUCCAGUUUAGAUGCCUAGUGUUUGUCUUGGUGUGACUUAUUCUACUAGGACCUCAAUUCUCUCCCAAUUUUUUAGAUAUUUCUAACUGCUUAUAUUAUGAUUUAGCCUUAGUUGAGAAGCACAUAAUGAGAGAAAUGGUACAAUCUUUUUGGCGCAGAAGCUAAUUUUACAGGCAUACAUCUUGAUCUAGACCUCAUUGUGGUUAUUUUUUGUAUUGUUUAUAGUUUCUAAGAUAGCAAUAGUGUUGGGGAUGCGUUAACCGAUCAUGUUCAAUAAAACAUAAUUUUUUCAUUUAUAUGGACAUAUAAAUUCUUAUGUCUC